AUGUCUUCCACAAAUCCCACUUUCGCGACAGAAUCAUUUUCAUCUCGUAAAAAGCCCCCGCCUUCGUGCGAUUUCACUGUGGGCUGGAUAUGUGCCAUCUUUAUCGAGUACCUUGCUGCGCUGGAAGUACUGGAUGAGAAGUACGAGGCCCACCCCGGAGAUGUGCAGGCUGGAGGAGAUUACAAUGAGUACACGCGUGGUCGCAUUGGAAAUCACUAUGUGGUGGUUGUCUGUCUACCCGCGGAGUCAUAUGGGCUGGCGUCAGCUGCGGCUGUCGUAACAAACAUGCGAAGCACCUUUCCAACUCUCCGAUUUGCGUUGAUGGUUGGCAUUGCUGGGGGCUCUCCACGAGCUGGUAAUGACGUGCGCCUGGGUGACGUGGUUGUCGGCACACAAGUCAAACCAGCCAGGUUUGGCAAGGAUACGACUGAAGGCUUUGAGCACACUGGCCAUGUUCCUCGCCCUCCCGACAUCCUGCUUUGUCGUGUAAAUCAUCUGAAGAGGCGCGCACUCAUGGAUAUAGAUAUGGAAAGAAUUGUUGACGACAAAGUUCGUGCUCUGCGCAUCACUCUCAGAGGCAGGUUUCAGCCCCGGAGCAAUUUGGUGGACCGCCUUUAUGCAUCCGACUAUAUCCAUAAUGAUGAUUGCGAUUGCAAGAGGGACGAGCCUGGUCUUCCUGACCGCAUUGUCGCCCGGGAAGAGCGCCUUCCGGGUAACCGUCUUGUGGUGCAUUCUGGGCCAAUAGCUUCGGGUGACCAAGUCAUCAAGAAUGCAAAGAUUCGCGACCGUGAUGCGAGUAAGCUUGGCACGAUCUGUUUUGACAUGGAGUCGGCGGCAUUGACGAGCAUCAAUGCCAUUGUCAUCCGCGGCAUCUGUGAUUAUGCAGAUUCACAUAAAAACGACGAAUGGCAUGGCUAUGCUGCUAUGGCUGCUGCACUUACCGCCGUCGAGUUUUUGAAGCUGGUUCCUGUUGCCGAUGUUCAGAAGACUCAGAUCGGUAUCACCGAGGAGGAAGUCCGUCGGUUUGUGGAAGCGUCAAUCGAUAAGCUGAAGGUUGUAGUAGAUGGUUCCUUGUCAAAUCAACAGGAAGCAAUUUUGAGGGUGGAGGCUACACUUGAAGGGGUCGAUCAGCGCUUUCUGAUUCUCACCCGCUUGCAAGAGUCAGUGACACGCAAUGAGGACGAACUGGGCCGGACAGCCGUACAACUUCACAACCUCGAAGAGGCUCACAACAAACUCGCAACUGCACUCCAAGAACUUGCAGAAACAAUCUUACAGCAAGAGAAAAGAAGCUCAAGCGUCGAGAGUAAGCGAGAAUGGGCGACUUUGCGAGCUACUGUCACUAGUAAGUCUGCGGAGUGCCGAAAAGCUGCCGGUUUUAUCGGUGAGACUUUGGAUGUGGCGGGGGACGUUCUCGAAAGUGUUGGAGAAUACACCAAUAAAGAUGAAUUGAGAUUUGCUUCCCAAAUGACUCGGUUCGGAGGCAAGAUUGGUGGUGCUAUCAGCAAACGCGGCGACAAGCAAGCCGAUUCUCCGGUCAAUGAAACAGCAGCGAUCGAGGAUACCAAGGAACCUAAGACCAGCUUCUUGCAGGCACCCAAGUUUGAAAAGCCCAACUUCAUCAGCCAAACCCAAGACAAAGUUUCGAACUUGAUGGGUAAGAUGUCGCUUCGCAAGGGUACCAAGGUUGAACCAGAACAGAGCUAUGGGGUCGGUAGGGAUGCAAGCUUUGAGACGACUAUUUCUGACAGGACAAAUGGCCAUCAUACCUCAACGCCUUUGCUGGACGACAGGCUGGCCGAACCGGUAGUUGAAUCACCUACGAGUAGCACCACCUUCUCCAGCACCACUGCGUCAGCGCCUUCAGGGACUAGCAACAGCAUCUCAGGAGGAUCCCACAAGCCUAUACCUCCGGGUCCGUUGCGACCGAAGCCCGACAGACUCCGGCACAGAAACGGUGACGGCAGUGGAGGCUCGGUACAGCCUCUUCGUGGGCAGGUCUCUCACGGACAGGUAUUCCAGGAACCUGCACAGAGCGUUUACAGAAGCCCACCGUCUUCUCAAGACAAAAAGGUUCUAAAUCUUGCAAGGAAUUUCGAGAAGAACAGUUCCACUAAUUGUGUGAUCCGACCCAUUCACCAACGCUGA